AUGUAUGCAGUGAUGAAUAAUGUAUCACUAGCUCCAAACGACGAGAUAUCGCAUGAACAGCAAAUUGUCUAUUAUAAUGCACCAGUGAACUACCAGCCGAUAAAUAAUCAACAGCCAUACGUAUAUUUACAACAAUUGCCUAACAGUCACACAGUUAAUCAAUACUCAUCAGCUAGUUCAACAGCUCAACAUAAUCAACAACAACCAGGAUCGUCUUUCAUAAGUAUUCCUCCACCACUGAUGCAACAGUCAAUGAUACAUUCCAACAUGAAUCAACAACAACCGGUAUUAUCAGUACCACAACCAUCCAUCAAUGUAACAGCACCGCCUUACUCAUCAAUGAUUAACCCAACAGUAUCUUCAACACCAAUAUCAGCUCCCAACAAGAGAGGUCGCAAUGAUACUAGUGGUUUAUCGGAUUCCAAUAUCCAAGUACGUCCCCAAUACCCUCAGUCCUCUCUUGCAUUUAAUUCGAUUAAUACCCCCAAUAAACGAAUUCGUGGAUUCAAUCAACAACGUAAUGAUGGCGCUUAUUUAGGCCGUUAUGCACAAAAUCAACCAGCGCAAUUCAAUCAAAAUUCUCCGAGGGCAAGGGACAUGGAGGAACGGAAUAAUAAUCUGCAACAACCAUCACUAGCGGCCUGUCGUUUCGCUACGACUCGCUUUCCUUUUUCACCCUUCUCUGUUAUUUUCUCACAAGAAGUCCGUGAGAACACAGCAGCCGGUACGCGCCGUGAAACUGGAGUUCCUAUCAUCUAA